UGCGUUCCACCGACGUCCCGACGUGGCAGGUAACGUACCGUGCAGUGUUUUCAUCCAGUAGCAUUAACCGGGGCGCCGCUUGACACACCGUUACAGCACUGUCCGGUACUUUUCCGUCCUUCAUCCCGGUGUGAGCUGCCGGAGACAGCCUGACACAAGAGCCGAGACUGAUAUUGUAUCUUAACAAGACGACUAAACAAGCAGGCGGUGCAGCUAGGUGUGCAGCAGGAUGAAUAUUGGAUCCAAAAAUAAGAAGCGGCAGGUCCUGCCCAGCCGUCCUGACCCCCCCACCGUGGACCAGAUCCUGGAGGACAUCAACGGAGCCGCUCCCAAUGACCCCGUCUUCAGCAUCCUGGAGCAGACUGGACAAGACUCGCCGCGGCCCUCAGACAGCGAGGUGGAGUCCCGGUUCCAGCAGUGUCGUCAGUAUCUGGAGCUGAACGAGCGGCUGCAGGAGGUGCGGGGUCGGCUGCUGAAGCAGAGGGAGGAGCUGAGAGCGGCGGGCGAGCAGCUGCAGACUGACGUGGAGGAGGUCAGAGGUCAAACACUCUGACUGUGCACCUCUUCUGUUACAGACUUUCCUCGACCUCUCAGUGUAGGACGGUUUACCUGACGGUCUGAGCGCAGAGGGCCGGCUGCCUGAGCUGGAGCAGGUCAAACCUGCCACACUGUCGCUACGUCAGCAGCCACUCUGUCGCUACGUCAGCAGCCACUCUGUCGCUACGUCAGCAGCCACUCUGUCACUACGUCAGCAGCCACUCUGUCACUACGUCAGCAGCCACUCUGUCGCUACGUCAGCAGCCACUCUGUCACUACGUCAGCAGCCACUCUGUCACUACGUCAGCAGCCACUCUGUCGCUACGUCAGCAGCCACUCUGUCGCUACGUCAGCAGCCACACUGUCGCUACGUCAGCAGCCACUCUGUCACUACGUCAGCAGCCACUCUGUCGCUACGUCAGCAGCCACUCUGUCACUACGUCAGCAGCCACACUGUCGCUACGUCAGCAGCCACUCUGUCGCUACGUCAGCAGCCACUCUGUCACUACGUCAGCAGCCACUCUGUCACUACGUCAGCAGCCCUAACGUUGACUUCUGAAGCUGAGAAACAGAUUGUUGCUGAAUCAAGCAGGAGGAUAAGUUGGGAUUAUUUCAACAGUAACUUAAUACAUCUGAAAGUUGAAGGGUCAUUCAGUGUCAUGGCUGACAACAUUCAUUUCUUGGUCGACUACUUAAAGGUAGAAUGUGCAACUUUUUGAUCCAGUAGAUGUCGACCUUGACCUCCAGCAUGAAACCAAAAUAAACUGCUGUUUGGCCACACCUCCUCCAUCCUGAAGCUUUCACUCUCCUCAAAUCAAAUUGGAACGAACCAUAAUUAAGCACUAAGCGCAAGCCACAGACAAACUUGUCCUGGUCUCGAGCUGCAUUGUUGUGUUAACAUGCUAAUGUUAGCGCUCUUUAGUUAGCUCGUAGCUUCACAUUGUUGUGUUAGCAUGCUAAUGUUAGCGCUCUUUAGUUAGCUCGUAGCUUCACAUUUCAUGUAAACUGACACAGAAUGAGCGUGAUCUAAAAACUCUUACUAACAUCCAAAUAAUCAGUGAGUAUGUUCUUCUUCUUCUCUCUAGUUCUUGACUAAAACAGCUUUUAUACACAAGGGGAGGAGCCGGCCGUCCCGUCCAUGUAAACACGGCUCUGACAACAACACAGCCAGCGGGACUCGAGCUUCUCCCUCAUUGUAGACAGUCAUGACUCAGAGACACAUUUACACAGGACAGACUUUAUGAUUUAUUUAUGUGGAACAUGUUGAUCAUUCUUCCUUAAAACUCCCAAACUGUUAUAUGGGUUAUGAAAUGCGGGAACGCAAACUUAUUCUGAUGUUUCAGAAAGAGUAAAGACCAAUCUUUGUUACUUCUGACUGAUAAAGUUGAUUUAAUUCAUCUGUAAUUUCAUCCUGUUUCUAAUCAGAUCAAUUAAAAGUGUGAAGGCGAGUUCCGACUCAAAACAAAGUCAAA